AUGGUGCGCAACCCGUGCCAGGGGCGGAAGUGCCAUCACGGUGCCGUCUGCGUGGUCGAAGGAGGGACGCCCCAGUGCCAGUGCCCGGUCGAGUGCCACAUGUACAACGGGGCGGCGGCGGCGAGUUCGAGGCCCGUGUGCGGCUCCGACGGCAAGGACUACCCGAACGCCUGCCAGCUGCACAAACACGCCUGCAACACGCAGAGGCACCUCGAAGUCAAGUACCUGGGCAAGUGUGACCCUUGCUCCGACGUGACGUGCCCCGAGCGACAGAUCUGCCAGCUGGACCGCGAGAGGAAGCCCAGCUGCCGAUGCAAUGACGUGUGCACCAAGGACUACGACCCCGUCUGCGCCUCCGAUGGGAAGACGUACACGAACGACUGUGCCAUGAAGGUGGAAUCGUGCAGGUCCAGGAAAUCUCUCUCCAUCAUCUACCGCGGCUCCUGUGAUGUCGGCCUGAACCCCUGUGACACGGUGUCCUGCCUCCCCGGCGAGGAGUGCAACAUCAACGUGCUCGGCAACGCCCGCUGCGAGUGCCCCCCGGCGUGCGAGCUGGUCGUGCGCCCCGUGUGUGGCACCGACGGAGAGACCUACGACAACAUGUGCGAGCUGCAGAGGGCGGUGUGCGUGCAGCAGACGGACAUCGCGGUCGCCUACAUGGGCGUGUGCGGAGAGGAAGGCCCUUGCGCCGGCCACGUGUGCGACCACGGCGGCGUCUGCGUGGAGCGGCAGGGGCGGCCCGUGUGCGAGUGCCCGCAGUGCCCGGCCCGCCUGGACUUCGUCUGCGGCUCCGACGGGAUCUCCUACGACAACGAGUGCCGCCUGCGGGCCGAGGCGUGCCGCAUUCACCGCAACCUCACCGUCAGAUACCGAGGCCGAUGCAGCGGCUGUGAGGACAAACAGUGCGAUUUCUAUGAGGUUUGUGAGGCUGACCAGGAAGGAGUCGGCCGCUGCGUGUGCCCCGAAGGAUGCGAUAUGGUUGAGAGCAAAGUGUGCGGCACGGACGGCAUCACGUACCUGAACGAGUGCCUCCUGAAGGUGGCCUCGUGCCGCAAGAAGCAGUUCGUGAUGGUCGCUUCCAAGGGCGACUGCGACUUGUGCCAGCACGUGGUGUGCAAGUUCGGCGGGCGGUGCGAGGCUGGGCGCUGCGUGUGCCCGACCGACUGCCCUCCGACCCGCGAGCCCGUGUGCGCUUCCGACGGCGAGACCUACGAGAACGAGUGCGAGAUGCAGAAGGCGGCGUGCGGGGUCGAGGGCGGCCUGAGGGUCACCUUCGUCGGGGAGUGUUCGGAAGCGCGCACCUCCAGACGAGCCGAGCCCCCGUCCGCCCCCGAGACUCGUCGCCGCGCCGCCGCCCCCGCCGCGGCGCCCCCGGUCCCCGUGCACGCCCUGGCGCCGGGGCCCGCGGCCGACGUGUGCGCCUCCAUGACGUGUGAGUACGGCUCCACGUGCACGGUGCUGGAGGACGGCCUGCCGCGCUGCUCGUGCCGCCUCGACUGCACCAACGUGCCCCAGAGCCCCGUGUGUGCCUCCGACCUCAAGAUGUACCCCAGCGAGUGCCUCAUGAACAGGGAAGGGUGCCAGCGCCAGGUGGAGCUCAGGCUCAGGCCGCUGGAGCUGUGCGAAGGUAGCCUGCCUGCGUCACCGCCACCCGUCACCCGUCACCCGUCACCUCACCACCAACCCUGCAUGAACACCACACUGCCACACGACAUUCCCCACCCACCAUACCCUGCAUGGCUGGCGCAACCUGUAGACUAG